AUGAAGGAGGGUGAUAAAGAAGAGGCGGUCGCCAAAAUUGAGGCGACGACGGACGAACUGAAACCCUCCGCGGAGAAAAAGGAAGAGAAACCUGCCACUCCCGCGCCGGAGAUCGAGGAACCUCUAUACAAGUCAAGUCUCCGCAAGUCAAAGCCCAAGAGCGUGGAUUCCAUCGAGGACGCCGGCUCCUUCCACCUCAACUCCACGGAGACCACCAACAAUGACCCAGAGACCUCCAGCGAGAUAGCCAUGGACGACAACAAGCACCCGGAUAAUGAAACGCUAGCGGGUUUGAGCGCGAUGACCUCAAUAAGCGCGGACGGGGCGUCGAGAGAAGCCUCGUUGACUCACAAGCUGGAGACGGCGCUGGGUCCCGUGUGCCCCUUAUUGAGGGAGAUCAUGCUGGACUUCGCGCCCUUCCUCUCCAAGACCCUCGUGGGCAGCCACGGCCAGGAGCUCUUGAUGGAGGGUCUCCAAACCUUCAAAUCCAGCACAUCAGUAGUUGAAUUAGUAAUGCUUCUAUGUUCACAAGAAUGGCAGAACUCGUUGCAGAAGCACGCGGGGCUUGCGUUCAUAGAACUCAUUAACGAAGGACGUUUAUUAUCUCAUGCCAUGAGGGACCAUAUAGUCAGGGUGGCGAAUGAAGCAGAGUUUAUACUGAAUAGAAUGAGAGCGGAUGAUGUGCUCAAACACGCUGACUUUGAGGCGCGCCUGGUGGCUCCAGGACUGGUUGCGCCAGGGACCGUGUCGCUCACCUCCACGGAGCUCUACUUCGAGGUGGACGACGAAGACCCCGAGUACAAGAAGAUCGACCCUGAGGCGAGACAAUCUCGUGACAAAACGAAGCACAAAUAA